UUACAGGACAAUGGUCAUUACUGUAUGGUAUGUGUCAUUCCUAUAUUUAAUUGCAAUUUUAUCUGAUAUCCUUGAUGGAACAGAAAAAGUGCCAGGUAACAACGUGACAAGUAUACCAGAUGGUGCCAGGUAUCAAAAACUGCAAGAAUUUCUGGUACUGGACAGUGAAGUUGUAAAUAUGGUGAAUGAACUUCGACAAUAUGAUAGCAAUAAGCUUGAUGAUGAACAAAUAAUUCUGGAUUAUCAGGAACAUAUGACAAGUCUUGGUUCCGGUGAUAAGGCCAAAAGAAGACUAUUCAAAUGGAUAGAUCCAAAUGCAUUGAAGAGGAAUACAUUCAGGAAAUGGAUUGCUCUAAGUGAUGAAUACCAACCAGAAGUUGGUAUUGAAGAGAAAAAUACUCCAAAGAAGAAAAAAGCCAUUGAUGAUUAUCUUGAUGCAAUCCUUAACACUACAGUAUGGAAAAGUCUUUAUCAGUUUCUGCUAAGAAAAGGUUAUCCAUAUUCAAACAACAUGCGAACAUUCCGUGCUUGGAUUAAACAAUUAUGGUUUGAGGGAUAUUCACGGAAACAAGGUUUCAUUGAUUCAUCCGGAUUUGAGCAUGUUUUUAUGGGAGAGCACAAAAAUGACGAAGUGAUUGGAAUGCAUUCAUGGCUGAGAUUUUAUUUACUAGAGCGGAAUGAUUCAGAACAAUUUAAUUAUCAUGGAUAUACCCUUAAACGAUUUAAUAUCUUGGCUGUAGUACAAUUCAAUUGGGGCAAAUAUCUUAAGCGGACUGGUUCAUUUUUCUUAGGCACAAGUCCAGAAUUUGAUUUAGCACUUUAUACUCUGUGUUUUAUCACACGGCGAUCAAAUAAUAUUUGCAAGUUCCAACUGAACGAAUGUCCAUUCUUCAUCACCAGUUACAGUUUAAUGCAGAAGGGCAAAAAUUUUGUUGGAUCAGUUUAUCCAAUUCCUGGGCCAUUUACUGACAAAUGCCGACGGUAUAAUAGUUGAAUACGAUAAAAGAGAAAAUAAAUCAAAAGUCUAGACUAUGCUAAUAUUCCGAUGUUAAACCUUUUUUUUCCAAAAGUAGUUUAAUUAGCCAUAUUUUGAAUAUUUCCG